UUCGCAAGUGUACCAACAUGCUGCGCGGCGUGUGGCGGUGCGGCCGGCGGCCGUUCUCGGUUGUGCAGACGCCGUGGCGGGUCGAUUCCUGCGCAAUGACCACGGCAUCCACACCGCUCCAGUCGAAGAAGCCAUUGUACACGCUUGAGAAGCAGAAACAGCUACUCGAGGUGGUCCGAGCCUUUCAUGAGGAGGCUGGACAGCCACCGACAAUCUCGAUCAAGCAGCGCUUCCGAAUCCCGUUCAGUGAUAAGUACCCAGUUGAGAUGCGCGGCAUUCUAUUUCCAGUGACCCAACUGCGCAAAGAGAAGCGAGAAGGUCGGUUGGACACGCAGGUCGUGGCCGAACUGGAUGCAAUCGGGUUCGUGUGGGACCCCAAGCAGCACAAGUGGAAGCAGAACCAGCUAGCGUUGUCCACGUACAAGAAAAUCUACGGCAACUUGCUGGUCCAACAAACCUAUAAGGUUCCAACGGACGACCCGCUCUGGCCGCGGGAGCUGUGGGCCAUGAAACUCAACGAUGUUGUCUCUAACCUCCGCCAGACCAAGGCAACGCUCUCUCCGGACAAGAAGCGAUGGCUGGACGACUUGGGGUUUGUCUGGGACGCCCCAGCGUGUCACUGGAAUGCAAACUUGUCCGCAUUGAAGAUGUACAAGGACAUCCAUGGUCACGUGUCCGUGCCGACGCAGUUUGUCGUUCCGCACGACGACCCUCGAUGGCCCAAAGGAAUGUGGGGCUUGCAACUCGGGUCAGUGGUAUCAUGGUUACGCACAUCGGUCAACUCAAUGCCUCAAGAGAAACGCGAUGCUCUAAACGCGAUGGGGUUUGUGUGGAGACUGCAACAGUAUGGUGUGAGUGCAAGCUCGCCCCCGUUGUUCACGGUGCAAAAACAGCGUCAAAUCUUGGAAAUCGUCGAAUGUCAGCGCACCCAACAGCCCCACACAAAGUUUGUGACCCUCCCCGGCCAGUUCAAAGUCCCCAGUGACGCUCCGUGGCCGAGCCACUUGCACAAGUGCGUUGUGGACAUUUCGGGGUUUCGAAGGGCCUACGACGCGGGUCGCUUACAGCCAUCCAUUGUGCAAGCGCUGGACGCGAUGAACUUUGUGUGGAACGACCAAAAGCACCGGUGGAAUUUGAACGUCGAAGCGCUCGCGAUUUACAAAGCAACCCAUCACGAUUUGCUCAUGAACGCAGACUUUAUCGUUCCUCACGACGAUCCAAAGUGGCCAAUCUACUUGUGGGGCAAAAAUCUCGGCAUGGUCGUGUGCACUCUUCGAUGUUCAAAGUCCAAGCUCUCGCAAGAUCAACGCAAUGAACUGGACGCGAUGGGUUUUGUCUGGGAUGCCUUGGAAGACCAUUGGCAAGCCAAUUUCGUCGGGCUCGAAACGUACAAGAGGCUUCAUGGCGACCUGAAUGUUCCUGCAGACUUUGUCGUUCCAGACAACGACCCACUGUGGCCCCGUCAACUCUGGAACACCCGAUUUGGCAGCUUUGUCCACACCCUCCGUCAUCGCAACGCCGAACUAUCCAACGAACGGCGUGACGCGUUGGAAACGUUGGGGUUUGUUUGGAGUGCACGGGACUUGCGAUGGAAGCGAAACAUGCUCGCGCUCAAAACGUUUAAAAACCUUUACGGCCACCUCCGCAUACGCAAUACUUUUGUCGUGCCCGACCAAGACCCGAACUGGCCCCCCGAGUUGUGGAAGAUGAAGUUAGGCUACAGAGUACAUAGUCUUCGGGUCUGUAGUCGCCAGGACGGCUAUCCUGCCAGCCGACUUGACCAACUGGCACAGGUUGGCUUGAUAAAAAAGCAAUAAUUAGCACGCGGUUUGCGCGAGCCUCCGCUUCUCCACCGUCCGGGGAACUGCGUCGG